ACUAGUGCGAAGCCACGGAGGCGAGGGUUUCGCCGUCAGACCUCGCCGCGGCGGUUUCUCCGCCCAAUCCAAUCACCGCCGUUUCCUCACAGCUCUCCCCUCCCCGGCCGGCGCCGACCUUCCUGGGCUCGUCGGCUCCUCCGAGCCCGAGUUCAGCGCCUGCAGAGCCUCGAGGUUGCCCAAGUUGUGCAGCUGCGGUACUCGAUGGAGGAUCUCCCGGAGCCACUGCUUGCAGAUAUCAUCAAGAGGAUUACCGUGUCGAGUGAUCUCAAUUCUCUUUGCCUCGUGUCAAAGCGCCUCUGCGCCGCCGAGGCGGAGCAUAGGAGUGCUAUCCGUGUUGGCUGUGGUGUUGACCCUACAACGGAAGCCUUGACGUCACUGUUCUCCCGGUUCUCCAAUUUGUGGAAAGUGGAGAUCAAUUACUCUGGUUGGACGCCCAGUCAUGGGGACCAGGUGAACAACCAAGGCAUCCUUGUUCUAUCGCAUCAUUGCCCCUUGCUGUGUGAUGUCACCUUAAGCUUCUGUGCACACAUUGAUGAUGCUGGUCUUAGUUAUCUAGCUUACUGCAAAAAGUUGAGGUCCCUCAAGCUGAGCUUUGCACCAGCAAUAACUUCUACUGGGAUUUUCCGAGUGGCCGUUAGUUGCUGCUAUCUCUCUGUUCUCCACCUUGUUGACUGUAUAGCAAUAGACAACGUGGAGUGGCUGGAGUACCUUGGGAGGUAUGGAUCAUUGGGAGAACUUGUUGUGAAGGAUUGUGAUGGAAUCAGCCAGUAUGACCUCCUAAAAUUUGGUCCAGGAUGGAGGAAGCUCCAAAGGUUUGAGUUUGAGGUUAAUGGAACUUACUGGUUGAGUGAGCCCCGUGACCCCUCCUAUGUGUCUGGCUACCCAUAUGGCUACGACCUCUGCUGUGAUAGUUUGAAGGAUCUUAGGUUGGCUCAUAUUAUAACCGAUCGAGAAAUUGGGCUUCGUUUUCUACUGGGGAAGUGCAACACAUUGGAGACACUUUACCUGGAGUAUGUUAUUGGUCUACAUGAGAAUGAGAUGAUUUCACUAUUCCAGAGGUGCAGCAACCUUAAAACCGUCUCACUUCGACUCAAGCCUCUGCACUGUGAAGAUUUUGAGUUUAGGACAGCACUGACUGAUGCUAGCCUUAAGGCUCUAGCUGCCAGCUGCCCGAUGCUUCAGGUUGUUGAGCUCACUUUCGCAUUCUGCGAACCCGACUGGCCUACCGAAAUAGGCUUCACACAAGAGGGUAUUGUGACGCUCAUCCAAUCUUGCCCAAUUCGCUCUCUUUUGCUAAAUGGUGCCAGCAUUUUGUAUGACGAGGGGAUGAAGUGCCUCUCAUCCUCACAGUUCCUGGAGAAGCUCGAGCUCGUGGAUUGCAGAUCUAUAACUGAUGCUAGUAUGAAUUUCAUUAUUCAGGCUCCUUGCUUGAGCAAUCUCACACUCCGCAAAUGCAAGAAAGUGACAGAUAAUGGAAUGGCUGCAUUGGCACGUUCACAGAAGUUGGACUCACUGACCGUUAUAGGCUGCCACUGGGUCUCUCACGAAGGUGUGCAGGGUGCUGCCAAAUCAGUCCGCUACUCGGCAGAGAUUGAAAGCCAUGACAGCCUAAAAGGUAUGUGCAUCAAAAGGAAUGGACGCAAGACAUACCAAUCGAGCAUGGGUGUAGUCUUUGGUCGUUACUUUGACGAUUGAAGCUGCAGCUAUCAUUUUCCUCUGAUCGGUUCAAAUGCUCUAGGUGUUAACUCUUACGUAUUAUGAACAGCCACCGUUCUUAUUUAUGAUGUCUUUGCAUUGUUUCUAUUUUUAAAUGUGUCCUUGCAUUCCGAACUUGGCACCUUUUAGUUUUUAUUUGUUUGUGGGGUUCAGAUUUUGAAAGAAUAACAUGUUCUUUUGGCUGCUUGUGGGACA